CAGUCGCUCGGGAAUAUCCGUCUCACACCUAUCUCUCCCAGUCGCGCGAAAAUAACAAAAACAAAAUAAAAGUCCGACCGAAGCACGCGUUUCUCGCCUUAUCUAUAUCUCUCACUCCAUCCUCUUCUCUCGACAGGGAAACGAACCUAUAGUCCGCAUGACGAUGUUCUCGUUCGGCGGCGCAUGUUGUGACAGUUGCGCAGCUGCUUCGCUCGUCGGACAAAGACAGCACUAGCGCCGAGUUUCAGUCCGGGGAGUGGGAGAGAGAGAAAGAAAGCUCGAGAGACGGGCCAAUCGUCAGUACUUACGCGAACGUGCCAGCAGUGGCAUCACGCGUCGCUUCGCCAAGUGUUUUCUCCUCUCUCUCUCUCUCUCGUCCUCAGAGCCCAUUGUUCGUGUGUAGAUCGUAAUACGCAUAAGACUCUCGUGCUCUCGAUACAACUAGAUUAAAAGGUACACAAAAGCGAGAGAAGAGUAAAGAAGAGACACCCGAGCGCGCUCAUAUCCAGCGCCAUGAAGUUCCAGUACAAGGAGGAACAUCCCUUCGAGAAGAGGAAGACCGAGGGCGAGAAGAUUCGCAGAAAGUAUCCGGACCGAGUGCCCGUGAUCGUCGAGAAGGCCCCCAAAGCGAAAAUCAGCGACUUAGAUAAGCAAAAGUACCUGGUACCAUCCGACUUGACGGUCGGUCAAUUCUACUUCUUGAUCCGUAAGCGGAUCCAUCUACGCCCGGAGGACGCGCUAUUCUUCUUCGUCAACAACAUUAUCCCGCCAACCAGCGCGACAAUGGGUUCCCUCUAUCAGGAGCAUCACGAAGAAGACUUUUUCCUGUACAUCGCAUAUAGCGACGAAAACGUGUAUGGGCAUUAAUAUUCCAAGAAAUAAAAAUCUCGCGAUAAAAAAAAGAUUGACAGCAACUAAUACUAAUGAAGGUCUACUAUCUACACUGUAGUCUUUAUAGACGCUUGAGAUGGAAUUAAAGAAAAAAAAACUGCUAUCGGUUAAAAGCGUUGGAAAUUUCAACAUUAUGUAUUAAUUUCGCUUGUUUUCCAAGAUAAGCGUUUUAGAGUUAUCUUUUGUAAUUGACGUGUGUACUCUUGAAUUUCUUUUUUUGAGUUGCGUCGCUUUUUCGAAUUACGAAAAUGAAAAAAAUUAAGUGUGUGCAGUGAAAAAUAAGACAAAAGAAGCCGGGUAAAUACGUUGCAAUUGUUUUGCGAUGAUUGGUCGGCAUUGUAAAAAAUUGGUAAAAGUGUCAAAAUAGAAAAAAAGAACAUUAUAAUACAACUAUUGAUUUUAAUAAUUAGCGUAUACGCUGUCAUUAUUAUUUACUAAAUAGCAUUGAGUUUUUGCGUUACUGUAUUCGAAUAAUUGUAAUUUUUACUAUUUACCAUUAUUCACUAAUGACAAAAAAAGACUACCGACAGAUUUAUCCUUGUGAUAUUGUUUCUUUAUUUUAGACUAGAUGUUACUCUAUUCACGAAUUUUAAAAGUAUAAAUCCGCGGUUUUAGAACGGGAAGGAAACAUUUACAGACGACACAAUUAGAAAAUUAAUGUAACGGCUGGUUGUGGGCCAAUAAAAAAAGAUAAAAAAACCGAA